AUGUCUGCUCAAACAGCCAUCACCCAAUACAUCACGGCCAAAAGUGGCGUCCGCUUCGCAUAUCGUCGCAUUGGAACACACCCGGGUGUACCACUGGUCAUGCACAUUCAUUACCGUGCAAACAUGGAUCUCCGGGAUCCUCUCUUUGUCAACAGUCUGGCUAGGGCUCGAACAGUGAUCAUUUUUGACGACGCCGGAGUCGGCCGAAGCUCUGGCGAGGUUCCAGAAACUUUCCGAGAGUGGGCUGACGACCUCAUCGCCUUCGUCGAAACGCUUGGACUCAAACAUAUCGACCUGCUCGGUUUCUCCAUGGGCGGAUAUACGGUUCAGAUGGUGGCACUUACGGCACCGCAUCUCGUCCGCAAGUUGAUCCUUAGUGCUUCAACCCCAUCGGCCGAUCAUAUUGCUGGGGUGGUGUGGCCACGAGAAAAAGCCUUGGCAUUCUCUUUCUUUUACGACGACGACCUUGGCCGCGCCGCCUUCGAGAAGUACUGGAGGACAGCCGAGUCGCUUAUUUUGGAUCUCCUAGAUCGAGAAUGUGGUGUUCGGCGACAGUUCAACGCAGCCACUGAUUCGUUCAGGCGAAAUCCUCGUGCUUCGUUCGAUCGACUAGGCAAGCUCAAGAUGCCAGUCCUUGUGGCAAACGGUGACAAUGACACUUUGAUCCCUUCCAGCCGCAGCUGGGAGUUGACAACACAGAUUGCAAAUGCUCAAUUAAUCAUCUAUCUUCGGGUUGGCCACGGCUUCUUGUGGCAGUAUCCACAGCCAUAUGCCACACACGUCAAUAUAUUCCUGGACGGGACAGAAUUUGACAAUUUGCUGUCUAAACUGUGA